UUUAAACCUAUUUCUUGUUUAAGUAUUAUAAGCAAAUCUUUUAUGAUUUUGUUGAAUCAAAAAAAUGAUGUUUAUAGAUCAGCAGUAAAACUCAGUUAUGAUUAGAAGGAGUACUCUAAUCCUAGCUUCCAUACUUUGCUUCAGUGGGUCCAACUGGUCUUUUAGUAAACCGCUUUCUGAGAAGCAUCACAGUGGUUCAAUUUAUCCCGAAUAUAUGGUGAGAGAUUCAUUCUUUCCUCUUAAUAAGCACAGUGGUUUAAUGUAUCCACAAGUCAAGUACAGUGGGACUAUAAAUCCUGAAUCUACAUACAGUGGUCCAAUAUAUCUGGAAGAUGAGCACACUGGUUCAAUAUGUUCAACAAAUAAUUUUUAUCCAGACAACAUUAGUGUAAGAUUCAAGAAUCUCUAUUCUCUACUCUGCAAGGAUGAAUCGUACACUGAUUCAACCAGGAUGGAUCUGAAUACUCUGGAUUACGGGACACCCCAAGAAAACACAGAUCAAGAGUUUGGAGUAGAGAUGAAAAGAGAGAAGAAUGAGAAGAGACAGGAAGAAAAGAAGGAUGAGGAAGAACUAUCUAUGACUAUAGAAAGAAUCAAGAAAAGGAUGGAUACACUGGGAGAACAACCGUUCCUGUUUCUUAGAAGCUCUUUAGUGGAUUCCCCAGGAACAAGAUUCUAAAUUUAAUUUAAAGGGACUGUCAACAAGAUUCUAAAAAUAGUUUAAAGGGACUGUCAACGAAAUUUCUAAAUGAAAAUAUCCAUUUUAAGAAUGCAAACAACGAUUAACAUCUUACAACUUUUAAUCUUUCUCUAAGAAACGAAUGCAUGGGGAAAUAUCUUUGAAUAUUUGUGAAUUCCAGAUUCCAGAUAUAUGGGUGCCCUUUUUCAGUUUCUUAAAUGUUAGAUAAAAGUCUAAAGAAUAUAGUAUAUCCUCUUAUUUUGGAUUGAUAGAAUUAGAAUAUUUCUGACAAUCCCAAUUUAAGAACCAAGUGCAGUUAGGGGAGAGUUUAUUUAGCAUUUAAGUAAUUGUAUCUUUUAUAAAAGUGUCUUCAUAUUCGAUAGCAUGUUAAGUGUCAGCCAUUAAGAAUAAGACUUUAGUAAGAAAAUAAAUGAUCUGAAAAUAAUUAAAUGCUUGUAAAAAUUAAACGAAUCACUCAAUUUGUAAAUUUUCGAAAUCUCUUUAUAAAUUAAAACUUUAAAAUUUCAGGUCGUCAUUGAAGUCUGAUCCUUCAUGAAUAGCACUUUUUCUUAUAUAAUCACAAAUGGUUUGAGGCUGGAGUUUUUUCUUGAAAUUUCUGAAUUGUGUAUGAUAAAUAGAUAGUGAGAUAUAACUGUAAUAAAUAGAUGUAUUAUGAAGCUUUUAAUAAACAUGAAUAUCCA